UUUUUUUUUUUUUUUUUUUUCAUGUCUCUCUCUCUCUGCAAAUGCUGGGAAUAAUUUAAUUCACGAAAUGGGAGACCUGAAGUCGGGUUUUGAAGAGGUGGAUGGCGUGAGGCUCGGCUACCUCAUCAUUAAAGGAAAGCAAAUGUUUGCACUCUCCCAGGUUUUUACAGACCUGCUCAAAAACAUCCCGCGAACUACCGUGCACAAGCGAAUGGAUCAUUUAAAAGUAAAAAAACAUCACUGCGACUUGGAGGAGUUGAGGAAACUCAAAGCCAUCAACUCCAUCGCUUUCCACGCCGCCAAAUGCACCCUGAUCUCCAGAGAGGACGUGGAAGCCCUAUACACAUCCUGCAAAACCGAACGGGUUCUUAAAACGAAACGAAGGAAACUAAGCCGGGCGCUGUCUGCCACCGAUCUCCGGCCGGAGCUCGCUCCCCCCGACCCCUUCUCGGGCUUCUGGAAGGAGAACAAACUUUGGCUGGGUCUGAGCGACUCUCCUCGGCCGCUGCUGCCCGUCCGGAGGAAAGCUCUGCGCCCGGGGGACACAGCCUUGCUACCGGCCGCUCAUCUACCUCACAUUUUUAGUAAAUACACUGGCCACAGCUACCCAGAAAUCGCUCGGGCGCCUUGCAAAUCCCCCGUAAACUAUGAAACGGCGCCGGCGGUGGGCGGCUGCGUGCCCCUGCGCUCCCGUCGCCCGCUCGCCGCCGCGGCGCGGCCCCGGCUCCCGGCCGCCGGUCCCCCGCCCCUGCCCGCCCGCUGCCGCCGCCGCCGCCACGGGGCGGCCGCCGCCGCCGUCACGCUGGGCCCCCCCGGCGGCGCCCGCCGGCCCCUGGCCCUGCCCCGGCCCUGCCGGCCCCGUGGCGCCCCGCGGCUGCCGCUGCCGCUGCCCCGCGGCUUCGGGCCGCCCGCCUUCCCCGAGAGCGGCAGCAGCGACUCGGAGUCCAGCUGCUGCUCGGGCCGCGCCGCCCACGACUCGGACUGCGGCUCCAGCCUCUCCAGCUCCAGCGAGGGCAGCUCGGAGGAGGAGGACGAGGAGGAGGAGGAGGACGAGGAGGGCAGCGGCGCCUCGGACUCUAGCGAGGGCAGCUCGGAGGAGGAGGAGGAGGAGGAAGAGGAGGAGGAAGAGGAGGAGGAGGAGGACAGCACCUCGGACUCCGACUCCAGCUCGGUCUCCAGCCAGGUUUCGGUGCAGAGCAUCCGCUUCAGGCGCACCAGCUUUUGCAGCCCGCCCGGCGUGGUCCACGCCAACUUCUUGUACCAUCUGGCGGCCGCCGCCGCCUCCCGGCCCCCGGCCCCGGCGGAGCCCGGCGGGCUGCCCGCCCUCCGCGGCGCUCCCGGCGGAGUCAAGCCGGAGCUGCCGGAGGAGUGGGGCUGCCCCGGCUGGGCUCCCGCCGCCCCGGCGCUGCGCUGCUCCGGCGGCCUGGGGAGCUGCUUCGCGGAGAUAAGAGAUGAUAGGGUAUCCGAACUCACAUUCCCACACUCUGAAUUUUCCAAUAAUGCCAAGAGUACUGACCUAACAAUUAACUGUGUUGCAAAGGGGGCCUCUUCACCUAGCCCAAAGACAAACAAUGCAUUUCCACAACAAAGAAUACUCAGAGAGGCAAGGAAAUGCCUUCAAGCAACUACUACACACCGUGCAGAUAACAAUACAAUAGCUGCUAGGUUCUUAAAUAAUGAUUCUUCAUCAGCGGCAGCAAAUUCAGAGAAAGAUUCCAAAAUCCCUCAUUGUAUUGAAUUUGCCACGGAUUUGCCCUCUUUACAAACUGAUCCUGCGGAGGAUGCUGCUUCUCCAGGGGCAGCAGCAGCAGCUGAGCUCCAGUGCACUGAUACAGGCAAUAAGGCAUUGCCAUUCCUGCACAGCAUUAAAAUCAAAAUAGAGGACAGCAGUGCGAACGACGAGUAUGAGCCUGAUCUUACAACACAUAAGCUAAAGUGUGAGUGCAAUGAUACUAAGGAUGAGUUUUACGGUGUGACUGAGAGUAAUAACCAGGACGCUUUAUUAACAGUCAAGGAAGAUUCUGCAUGCACUGAGAAAGAAACCACUUCCUUAAACCCACUGACUCAGAGUCAGGUCCUCUCAUGCACUUUAGGUACUCCAAAACCUGAGGAUGGGGAGUAUAAAUUUGGAGCAAGGGUGAGAAAAAAUUACAGGACACUGGUUUUGGGAAAGCGACCUGUACUGCAGACUCCUCCAGUCAAACCAAAUUUGAAAUCAGCUCGAAGCCCACGUCCUACAGGUAAAAUUGAGACACAUGAAGGAACACUGGAUGAUUUUACAGUUAACAAUAGACGCAAAAGGGUAGCCAGCAAUGUAGCAUCAGCAGUGAAAAGGCCAUUUAAUUUCAUGGCAAAUUUUCCCUGUCCACCAUCACUAAUUAUUGGCAAUGAUGGGGAUUUGUUGCCAGCUUAUUCCUUAAACACCACUAAGGAUUCCCAACCACCUCACAAGGCCCAUCCUGUAUGGAAAUGGCAGCUGGGCGGUUCUGCAAUACCUCUUCCACCUAGCCACAAAUUCAGGAAAUUUAAUUAA